AUGCAACCGUUCAGGGAAUAUCCGGGUGGUGGCAUCGAUUCCGUAGCCCUUAUGGACUCGAUUGUCGAUGUCAUAUUUUUUGCUGAUAUUUUACUAAAUUUCCACACCACGUUUGUCGGUCCGGGUGGCGAGGUGAGUUUUUUUCGACCUCGAGUUUAUUGA